AUGGAUGCUGCUCUUUCCAUGCUUGACUUUCACAGAAAAAUGAUGAACGAAUAUCAGUGCCGGAACUAUGUUGCCGAACAAAUAUUGCAGGAGAUGGGCAAAUCGGUGAUGCAGAGUCGACUUGGAAAACCAUAUGACGUUAACAGCAAAGAUGGCAGUGCAAUAUCACGGUCACAGGAUUUGAGAAACAAUGUUAUGUACGAUAUCGGAUCAGCAAAUUACCAGGAAUGGCUCUCUAAAGUAGCCGCUAUCAACGACGUAUACCGACAUUAUAAAGUAAAUAAUACCAUUAACGCAAGCAAUGUGCCGUCAUCACAUACAUUACAACCACAUUUGCAAACACGGGAAGGGUACGAAGUGUAUGAAGGCCACGACACGCCAAGUUACUCUGAAGCCGAGACAAUGCCUUAUGAGGUCUCCAAGCACAGUGGUGGUUAUGAAUAUUCAAUGCCACCGCCACCGCCACCAGUCUAUCAUGCUCCGCAUGAGCCUCACGAGGAUUAUGUGGUGGAACGUGAGAGUCACAACGGCUUGGGAAUUGCUGACCUAUUUGAUAUUUCGCUUACAGGCAUUGCCUUUCUGUCGUUCGGCAUGUUUGUACUUCAAGUGCUGAUGUGUAUAACUAUGAGCGACCAGCGGACACAAGUCAUGCAGAUGGUCGACAACGGUGACACGGUGAACGUGGACGAGGUGUUCCGGUUCAAGAGAGACUCGGGCCGAGCGGCGCCUGUUAGGGAUCUAAACACGCUGACGAGAUAUGCCCUCAUGGCGGUCAGGCCGCGGAGCACGCCCUGCCUGUACCGCGUGCUUUGCCUGGGCAACAAGCGCGCGAAGAACUUAGAUAACACCAAUCGCUAUUGGCUGCCGCUGUGGCAUGCUGGUGUGGCAUGGUUGCGUGGAGGUGCUCUCGGUGCCUUGCGUGCCUCUGUGCUGGGAUUGGGCGGAGCUGAUUGCGAACAUCUUUACCCGAAACACCAUUGCAUU